AAUAAAAAAGAAAAAUAAUUGUGUGUGCGAGAGAGAGGGGGUCGUUUGAAAGGGAAGGCAGGGGAGGAGCCUUGAACGGCGUUACUUUAAUCACAGCCCUUCCGUCCCGUCCCGCUGCGCGGGUUGAGAUGGUGAUUUUGUUGGGUGUGUAAAAAAGCCGAGAAAAACUAAUAGAUAGUCGUAGUCUAAGCGUUAUGGAAGCAGCAGAGACUGAACCGCCGUCGGCCGGCGAUGAGGCGAACCGGGUGGCGCGGUUGCCACGUUGGACACGGCAAGAAAUAUUGGUACUGAUCCAAGGUAAGCGCGUCGCAGAGAAUCGCGUGCGCAGGGGACGCAUGAGCGGUCCGGCUUUCGGGUCGGGGCAGGCCGUGGAGCCCAAGUGGGCCUCUGUUUCUUCUUACUGCAAGCGGCACGGCGUGAACAGGGGACCCGUUCAGUGCCGUAAGCGGUGGAGUAACCUGGCUGGGGACUUUAAGAAGAUUAAGGAGUGGGAGACUGGGAGGGAGGCUGAGGCCACCGAGUCGUUUUGGGUCAUGAGAAAUGACUUGAGGAGAGAGAAGAAGCUCCCGGGUUUCUUUGACAGAGAGGUUUAUGAUAUUCUUGAUUCUUCCGACGACAACGCCGCCGCCGCCAAUCCCAAUCCGCUUCCUCUUCCUCCUCCGCCUGCCGUCUUCGAUAGCGGCAGAAGUGCUGCCGCCGAUGAUGGCUUGUUCUCUGAUUCUGAUCAACAACAUCAUGAUCAUGAUAUUGUCAACCCUCCUCCUCUUGCUCUGCCGCUCCCUUCUACUUCAGGCAAGCAACAACAACAUCUUCCUCAACAGCAAGCUUCAGCUCAAGAUCCUGAUGUUGCCGCAACCCAUGAGAAGCAACCCUCCUUAAAUCCUGAUGUAGCAACCACUCAGGAAGGACGGAAACGAAAGAGACCUGCAUCAGAAGGAGAUGGGGAAAUGCAUCUACAACAUCAGUUGAUUGAAACAUUGGAGAGGAAUGGCACGAUAUUGAGCUCCCAACUUGAAAUUCAGAACAACAAUUUUCAGUCAGAUAUGGAGCUGAGGAAAGACCAUGGAAAUAGCCUUAUUGCUGUACUUGAUAAGCUUGCAGAUGCCUUGGGUAGAAUUGCAGAUAAGUUAUAGGUUCAAGUCCUAGAAUGAUUGUACAUAACUUCCUACCUCGACUGAAGUUGAUAAGAAGUACAAAAGAUCAGUGCAGUAUAGAUUUAUUAUAUAUAUUUCUAUCAGGACCCAAUCCAGAUUAGUUUCACAAUUUUUUUUUCACUGAUCUUUAAGCUUAUAUCUGUAAUUAAUUGCCAUUAUCAUAUACAAAAUAAGUAUGUAACUGAGAGUGUAAGUUUUCUUGGCUUAUA